AUGAUCCUCGAACGCUCUGGUUUAGGAGAAGAGACGUAUCUCCCUGAAGCUAUGAUUCAUGUUCCAUUCAGAAUCUCAAUGGCUGCUGCUAGAGAAGAAGCUGAACAAUAUCUUUUGCCCGACACCUUUGUUAUCGCGAUGAUUGUGAACAAGUAUAAGCUUAGAAGUAACAUCAGGACAUUCAACCUCGGCGGAAUGGGUUGCAGCGCAUCAGUUAUCGGGGUGGAUCUUGCUAAAGACAUGCUGUUGCUACAUAGGAACACGUACGCAGUUGUUGUCUCGGCAGAGAACACUACUCUCAACGGGUAUUUCGGUAACAACAAGUCCAUGUUGGUACCGAACUGCUUGUUUCGAGUCGGUGGCGCUGCGGUUUUUCUGUCGAACAAGUCUAGGGAGAAGAGACGGGCUAAGUACAGGCUCGUGCAUGUCGUCAGGACUCACCGUGGAGCAGACGACAAAGCUUUCAGUUGCGCUUAUCAGAGAGAGGAUGAUGCCGGGAAAAAGGGGGUUUUCUUGUCGAAAGAUCUAAUGGCUAUUGCAGGGGAAACUCUCAAGGACAAUUUCACUACGUUGGGUCCUCUUGUUCUUCCGGUAAGUGAGCAGAUUCUCUACUUUACGACUCUGCUUGCGAAGAAGCUUUUCAACGGUAAGGUUAAACCGUAUAUUCCGGAUUCCAAACUUGCGUUCGAGCAUUUCUGUAUCCAUGCUGGUGGAAGAGCUGUGAUCGAUGAGAUAGAGAAGGGUCUUGGGCUUUCUCCGGUUCAUGCAGAGCCUGCGAGGAUGACUCUUCAUAGGUUUGGGAACACAUCUUCGAGCUCGACUUGGUAUGAGUUAGCUUACAUUGAGGCCAAAGGAAGGAUGCGAAGAGGCGAUCGCGUUUGGCAAAUUGCGUUUGGGAGUGGAUUUAAAUGCAACAGCGCCGUCUGGGAAGCGUUGAGGAAUGUGACGCCUUCCAAGAACAAUCCUUGGGAAGCUUGUGUUGACAAGUAUCCGGUUACGUUACGUUAUUAG